GUGCCAGCAGUUCAUUCUUUCCUUAUGUUUGGGUUAAUUUCGGCAAGGAAACCUUUUGAGCAGAGUUGGGGUGGGGUUGGGGGUCAAAGAUUAGAGCUAUUACUAUUCUAUGUGUAUAAAAGACUUUGGGAGAGAGAAGGGAAGGACGAAAAAAGCUUGUUUUAGUAGUUUGGAGACAAGCUGCAAUUCAGACAGAUUGUAGUAUUUUUUUCCAAUGGCAGUGACGGCACAGUGAGCUAAAGAUUCUGCUAGCCUAAUGAUUAAUAGGUUUUAAAGACUGCAGAUUUUGACUGGAUUCACUACAAUGUCUGAGAAGGAGUCUGUGACUGAAGGCCAGACUGCAGUGCUGAAAAAUUCAGAAAUUGUGCUUGAGAUCAGUGAAAAUAAACAGAUGUCUGGAAAGUUACAAGAAACAGACAGUAUUUGGCACAAAAUGUCUCUCCAACUUAUCCAUCGCCAGCUAAAAGCCUGGGAGAACCUGGUAUUACCCCACUUAGCCCUUCAAUGUCUCCAAAGGACUCUGAACAAACUGCAUCCUUGCAGCAGUCAUUUGUUGUGGUGAUAGCUAUUGAUUUUGGCACCACUUCUAGUGGAUAUGCUUACAGCUUUGCUAGGGACCCUGAAUGCAUUCACAUAAUGAGACGAUGGGAAGGUGGUGACCCUGGUGUAUCCAAUCAGAAGAUGCCUACCACUAUCCUACUAACACCUGAUGGAAAGUACCAUAGCUUUGGUUAUGCAGCCAGAGACUUUUAUCAUGACCUGGAUCCAAAUGAUUCAAAACAGUGGCUGUAUUUUGAGAAAUUCAAAAUGAAGCUCCAUACAACCAGUAAUCUCACAAUUGAAACAGAACUGGAGGCUGCCAAUGGAAAAAAGGUCAAGGCUAUCGAAAUCUUUGCCUGUGCUCUAAUGUUCUUUAAAGACCAUGCAUUACAGGAGCUGAGUGACCAGGGUGGCUCACAAUUUGGAAACCCGGAUAUUAGAUGGGUCAUUACUGUACCAGCUAUAUGGAAGCAACCUGCAAAACAGUUCAUGAGGCAGGCAGCCUACAAGGCUGGUCUUGCAUCUCCUGAUUGUCCAGAACAGUUGAUAAUUGCACUUGAGCCUGAAGCUGCUUCCAUUUACUGCCGGAAACUCCGCCUACAUCAGAUGAUUGAUCUCACUGCCAAGGAGGCUGUCAAUGGUUAUAGUUCCACAGAAACACUUUCAUCUGGAAUAACUCCUGCUAAAGAAUACACACGACGUAAUCGGCAGAGUCGCACCUUUAUGGUGGAAAAUGUCAUAGGAGAAAUCUGGUCAGAAUUGGAGCAAGGUGACCGUUAUAUUGUGGUUGACUGCGGAGGGGGUACUGUAGAUCUCACAGUUCAUGAAGUGAAAAUGCCUGAAGGACACUUGAAAGAACUCUAUAAAGCUUCAGGUGGACCCUUUGGCUCUAUAGGAGUGGACUAUGAAUUUGAAAAACUUCUUUGUAAAAUUUUUGGGGAGGAUUUCAUUGAACAAUUUAAAAUCAAACGUCCAGCGGCUUGGGUAGAUUUAAUGAUUGCAUUUGAGUCACGUAAAAGGGCUGCUGCUCCUGGUAGAAUCAAUCCACUCAACAUCAAUUUGCCAUUUUCAUUCAUCGAUUACUAUAAAAAAUUCAGAGGUCACAGUGUGGAGCAUGCCCUUAGGAAAAGCAGUGUGAAUUUUGUAAAGUGGUCGUCCCAAGGUAUGCUAAGAAUGAACCCAGAUGCUAUGAAUGCUCUAUUUAAACCCACUGUUGACAAUAUCAUCCAACAUCUACUUAAUCUUUUCCAGAAACCCGAAGUUUCAGGUUUGAAGUUUUUGUUUUUGGUGGGUGGAUUCGCUGAGUCACCUUUACUUCAACAGGCCAUUCAAUCAAAUCUUGCCGACAAAUGCCGUGUCAUAAUUCCUCACGAUGUGGGACUUACCAUUCUAAAAGGGGCAGUGCUGUUUGGACUGGACCCCACUAUCAUUAAAGUACGGCGUUCGCCACUGACCUACGGAGUUGGGGUAUUGAAUCGAUUUGUGGAUGGGAAGCACCCAACUGAAAAGCUUCUAGUUAAAGAUGGCACUCGCUGGUGUACUGAUGUGUUUGACAAGUUCAUCACAGCUGACCAGUCUGUGGCUCUUGGAGAGACUGUCAAACGCAGUUACACUCCCGCAAAGCCAUCACAAAUGAUUAUUGUGAUCAAUAUAUACUGUUCUGAAAAUGAUAAUGUUAACUUCAUUACUGAUACCAGUGUAAAGAAGUGUGGCACUCUUCGCCUUGAUCUAACAGGAACUGAUAGUCCAUCACUGCCAGCACGAAGAGAGAUUCAAACGUUAAUGCAGUUUGGAGAUACUGAGAUAAAAGCAAUGGCUAUUGAUAUUGCUACUUCCAAAUGUGUCAAAGCUGGCAUUGAUUUCCUGAAUUACUAAGAUGUCACCAGUCAUCCAAAAAACCCCGUGCCCUAAUUCAUAAUUAUUGAUUAUGUCUAAAACUGGAAGUCAAUUUAUAUUUCAGAUUGGGAAUUUACUGUAAGUGAAAAGAGAGUCUAGCAAUACCAAUCACUUCAGUGCACUACCAGAAUGCCAAGAAAUAUUACCUUAAAUGCCUGAUGUAUGCACAUAGAUGAUUAAAUAUGUAAAGUCAGAAUUUGCUCUUGUUUUAGGGAAAAAAGAGCAACAGCAUAAAGGUGCUUGGAGAAAUGCCACUAUUUAUUCACAGCCUGCUCGCUAAUAUUUAAUUCCUUAAUAUUUAUCAUGCUGAAAUGAAGUAGUGAUGUGGUCAUGCAGUAAUUCAAUCUUAUAUUUACUUUGUUGAGAAUUAAAAUGGUCAAAAAUUGGAAUGUUCAGAACUUUUCCUCUAAAUAAUUAAGCCAGUAAUUAUUUUUAUUAUUGUAUAUACAAUAUUUAAAGUAUUGUACAUACUUUUAUUUCCAGUAUUAAAAGUAUAAAUGUGAAAUAUUUGAUUAUGUUAAAUUUAUUGUAAUAACACUGAGCUGGAAAGCAAAUCCGUGCCUAAUGACAGGUGUUAGAUCUUGAACUGCAGACCUAUGCUUCAUGUAUAACCACAUGUAUCUUUCAACAUUAAAAGCUAUUCCAUUUA